AGAAGCCAACAAAAGAAAGAAAACAAAGAGCCCCAAUUUCUUUCCUUUCCUUAGUUCGUGGGAACUACCAAACUUAAGCAACCAAAAAUGGAGGGAGCAGGAGCAGCUCAGCCGUCGGACACCGUCAUGUCGGAGGCGGCACCGCCACAAGGAGAACAUCAGAAUCCGCCGCCGCCGCAGCAGCAUAUUGGGAUGGAGAACAUCCCGGCGACGCUGAGCCACGGCGGGAGAUUCAUACAGUACAACAUCUUCGGCAACAUAUUCGAGGUCACCGCCAAGUACAAGCCUCCCAUCAUGCCCAUCGGCAAAGGCGCUUACGGCAUCGUCUGCUCGGCCUUGAAUUCGGAGACGAACGAGCACGUCGCGAUUAAGAAGAUCGCGAAUGCCUUCGACAACAAGAUCGACGCCAAGAGGACUCUCCGCGAGAUCAAGCUUCUUCGCCACAUGGACCACGAGAAUGUUGUUGCAAUUAGAGAUAUAAUCCCACCACCUCAGAGGGAGACAUUCAACGAUGUCUACAUUGCAUAUGAGCUAAUGGACACCGACCUCCAUCAAAUUAUUCGCUCCAAUCAAGCUUUGUCAGAGGAGCACUGUCAGUAUUUUCUUUAUCAGAUACUCCGUGGAUUGAAGUACAUACAUUCUGCAAAUGUCCUGCACAGGGACUUGAAACCCAGCAACCUUCUCCUAAAUGCCAAUUGUGACUUGAAAAUUUGUGACUUUGGGCUAGCUCGUGUCACCUCAGAAACUGAUUUUAUGACGGAGUAUGUCGUUACAAGAUGGUAUCGUGCCCCAGAACUUUUGUUAAACUCUUCAGAUUACACUGCAGCAAUCGAUGUAUGGUCUGUAGGUUGUAUUUUCAUGGAAUUGAUGGAUCGGAAGCCACUAUUUCCUGGCAGAGAUCAUGUGCAUCAAUUGCGUUUGCUUAUGGAGCUCAUCGGCACCCCAUCAGAGGCUGAGUUGGGGUUUCUGAACGAGAAUGCUAAGAGAUACAUUAGGCAACUUCAACUUUACCGCCGGCAGUCCUUUACCGAAAAGUUCCCUCAUGUUCAUCCUUUAGCAAUUGACCUUGUUGAAAAGAUGUUAACUUUUGAUCCAAGACAGAGAAUUACUGUUGAAGAUGCCCUAGCUCAUCCCUACUUAACAUCUCUGCACGACAUCAGCGAUGAGCCGGUGAGCCUAUCUCCCUUCAUCUUCGACUUUGAGCAGCAUGCACUUACUGAGGAACAGAUGAAGGAGCUGAUCUACCGUGAGGCUCUUGCAUUUAAUCCCGAGUAUCAGCAAUAAUGAGGAUUAGAUUCGAGAUAUUAUUUCAUAAUCACUUUGAUUAGUGUGUUGUUCCUUUUCAAUGUGUUUUCAAUGUGUUUGGUGAUCUAUUUCUUCGUGUACAUAUGCUCCAUCCUCAAACUGGGUGGUAUCCGAAUCAUCUAAUUGUGGUAAAAUUCAAUGACUGAUAAGUGAUAACAGUGGUAAUUGUGUU